AAAUAUGUCUUACAAAUAAUCUAGUGACUUUGUCGUUAAAUGAACUAAGGGUGGCAAGUACGUAGUACAGAACUCAUUGCUUGCCGUCAAAAGUGUUCAAGGUGGAAAUCGUUGACGCCAUUUCGUAUCUCGUUUCGCUGAAGGCGUCACGAAAGUUUUAUCCCUUUUUACUUUAAUUUAAUUUCGCCAAAACGUCGCAGCCACAUAAAAUGGUUUCAUCUAAUCAACCGAGAAAGACAAAAAUAUUUGUGGGUCGGUUACCAGAAAAUUGUCGCAACGAUGAGUUGCGACAAUUAUUUUUACGUUUUGGUGAGGUAACGGAAUGCGAUGUCAUGAAUCGAUAUGGGUUUGUCCACAUGGCACGUGAGGAAGAUGCAGCUGCCGCAAUCAAAGCUCUUCACAAUUCAAACUUCAAAGGGGCAACAAUCAAUGUGGAACAGUCUACAGGCAAAUCACGUGGCGGAGGAGGAGGACGCAGGGAUGGAGACAGAAGAGGUGGACCAGUGAGAGGUGGUAGGGGGGGACGAGACGGUGGUAGAGACGCUCGUCCUGGACCAUACAAUGAUAGAAGAGUUCUUCCGAUCCAACUCGUUGGUUACGAUGGAUCUGCUGCAGGUGGCGUCGCAACGGGGUACACCGAUUACAAUCGUGGCGCUGGAGACUUUAGUGGACGUGGAGCCGAUUUUGGGACUGGAUACACUGAUCGUGGAGCAUAUGGUCAAAAUGUGGGGAGCGCGGCAAUGGGUUACACUUCUACGGCACCUGGAAUGGGAGGAGGAUACGGACCAGCAACUGGAGCUGUUGGAGGAUAUGGACCAACUGGAACAGCUGAUUACGGUCGAACUGACUACAGUCGUGCUGCAGAUUUUGGAGCUAGAACAGAUUACGUAGUUGGAGGUGGGAUGACUGGGGACUUUAAUCGUGGUGCCCCAGGUCCAAUGGAUUAUGGACGUACAGAUAAUUUUGGUGCAAAUCGCACUGUUGAUUAUACGGCUAGAAAUGAUUAUGAUCGAGCUGCAACUGGGCCUAUGAGAAAUGGUGGUGGUGCAGUUGCCACUACCGGGUAUGGGACGGGUUACACAGAUGUAGGAUAUGAUGAAAGUCACUGGGGUUAUCCGGGCGGGCCUGGGGAUAUGAUGGGUGGGCCCGGGGGGGUAAGUCAGGGAGCUUCGAUGGCCUACGACAGGAGGGAUGGUCCCCCUGUUAAUGAUAUACCUCCAUUUAACAGGCCAAUGAGUACUGGACCCAGCUACAGCACUGGGGCACCUAGUUAUAGUACUGGUCCUGGACCACAAGCAGACAUGUUUAGUAGAAGACCUGGCAGUGCUGUCCCUAGUGGUGGAUAUCCACCUGUUGGUGGAGGCUAUACCGAAGGGUACGACAGACCAGAUGCAUAUGGUCCUCCGCGUGGUGGCGGACGCUUCCCAGGUCCGGCAGACGCGAUGCCACCGAGGUACUAAAAGCGUACUAAAGCAAAUACUAAGCGCAUGCGAAAAGGCUCCCUUAAAAAAAUGCCUCUUUAGUGGUGGUCAUUCGCUUACGGAAUCGAAUACCUAGGAACUGCCCUGCGUCUGACAUACAGAGUCCAUACCAUUACAUACGAUAAUAUGUAUAAUGAUAUAGACACGAUAUAAUGAUAUAGAUACGAUCUAACGUUUAACACACUAACUUAAGGUACGGUAAGAAUAAGAAGUUCAUCAAUGAGCAACAUAAUGAAUGACUAAGGAAAUAAGCAACCAUGAUCACCUGAAGAGAAAAAAAAAAGAAGAUUGAAUUUCUGAUUGAAGUAAACAUUAUAAUGUGGAAUCAAGGAAUUUUAUAUAUCGUUCAUUUUUUCCAGCAGAUAGUGGAUAUAUUCCUUUUGUGCGAUUUGUGUUUCGUAGUUUUUUUCUGAUAUUUUCCAUGUUUUUCUCUCGUAGUAUAUACAAUCCAAUUUCCUAGAAUGGAUUGAAGCAUCUUUUAUCUAUCUUAAGUCACAUAAUUAUUACAUAUUAGUAGGAUAGACAAUUUCGUUAUAAGUUUGUAAUAUUUAGCAUCAACAAAGUGGUGACUUAGGCUAUUAAACAGAAAAUGCUGUAUAAUCUUUUUUUACACGUAAGAACUUGGAUAAUGUUUUAAAUGUUCAUUAAUAAAGCAAAGAAACGUGUUUGCAGAAGUUAUCAAUGUACCUCACAGAAUGAAAAAUAAAAUUCAAACGUAUGUCUUUAA